CCGUGCCCGCCUUCCCCGCCGGGCCCGGAGGAACGGGAGCAGGGGGGCAGCGGGGGCAGCGGCGUCCGCAGUCAUGUCCGAAGUGCGGAAAUUCACCAAGCGGCUCAGCAAGCCGGGCACGGCGGCCGAGCUCCGCCAGAGCGUGUCCGAGGCCGUGCGGGGCUCCGUCAUCCUGGAAAAGACAAAAGUUGUUGAACCCCUGGACUACGAAAAUGUCAUCACACAAAGGAAAGCCCAGAUUUACAGCGAUCCUCUCAGAGACUUGCUUAUGUUUCCAAUGGAGGAUGUAUCUGUAUCAGUGAUUUGUCGCCAACGCCGAACAGUUCAGUCCACUGUUCCAGAAGAUGCUGAAAAGAAGGCUCAGAGUCUGUUUGUCAAAGAGUGUAUUAAAACCUACAGCUCAGAUUGGCAAGUGGUGAACUACAAGUAUGAGGACUUCUCCAGUGAUUUUCGAAUGUUGCCGUGCAAAUCCUUGAGGCCGGAAAAGAUCCCUAGUCAUGUGUUUGAAGUUGAUGAAGACUUUGAAAAGGAUGAGGAUUCAUCAUCAUUAUGUUCUCAGAAGGGGGGGGUUAUCAAACAAGGCUGGCUGCAUAAAGCAAAUGUCAAUAGCACCAUCACCGUGACCAUGAAGGUAUUCAAAAGAAGAUAUUUUUACUUAACCCAGCUUCCUGAUGGUUCUUAUAUUCUUAAUUCCUACAAAGAUGAAAAGAAUUCAAAGGAAUCUAAAGGCUGCAUCUACUUAGAUGCCUGCAUUGAAGUUGUCCAGUGCCCCAAAAUGAGGCGUCAUGCUUUUGAACUCAAGAUGUUAGAUAAGUACAGCCAUUAUCUGGCUGCUGAAACAGAACAGGAAAUGGAGGAAUGGCUCACAACUUUGAAAAAGAUCAUUCAGAUCAAUACAGACAGUUUGGUUCAAGAGAAAAAAGACCCAGCGGAAUCUGUACAAGAUGAUGAAACAAGCAGCCAAGGAAAACCGGAGAAUAUCAUGGAAAGUUUGGAGAGAAGUAUGCACCCCGAGCUUAUGAAGUAUGGAAGAGAGACUGAACAGCUCAACAAACUAAGCAGAGGAGAUGGAAGACAAAAUCUCUUCUCUUUUGAUUCUGAUGUCCAGCGGUUGUUCUUCUCAGGAAUUGAAUCAGAAAUAAAACCAUUUGAAGAAAAGUGCAGCAGACGUUUCAUGGUGAAAUGCCAUGAUUUAUCUUUCAAUAUUCUGGGCCACGUUGGAGACCAGACAGGAGGCCCACUGACCAACGUUGAACCCUUUUUUGUCAGCCUUGCUUUGUUUGAUGUGAAAAAUAAUUGCAAAAUUUCUGCUGAUUUCCAUGUGGAUUUAAAUCCUUCAUCGGUCCGUGAAAUGCUGCUGGGGACUUCAGUUCAAUUGCCUAACGAUGGGAAUCUGAAGGGGUCCUCUCCUAAUGAGUGUUCCUUCCACGGAAUCGCUGAAUCUCAUUUGCGCUGCAUAAAACAGGGCAUUUUCUCAGUGACAAAUCCUCAUGUGGAAAUUUUUCUUGUGGCACGGGUGGAAAAAGUUUUACAGGGAAGCAUCACCCAUUGUGCGGAGCCAUACAUCAAAAAUUCAGAUCCGGUUAAGGUGGCCCAGAAAGUACAUAAAACUGCUCGGCUGGUGUGCAGCAGGCUUGGACAGUAUAGAAUGCCUUUUGCUUGGGCUGCCAGGCCAGUUUUCAAAGACACUCAAGGGUCCCUGGAUCUGGAUGGAAGAUUUUCUCCUCUGUAUAAGCAAGACAGUAGCAAACUCUCCAGUGAUGAUAUUCUCAAAUUCCUAGCAGAGUAUAGGAAGCCCGAGAAGACCAAAUUGCAGAUUAUUCCUGGCCAGUUAAAUAUUACACUUGACAGUGUGGCAGUAGAUUUUUCAAAUUGUGUCACUGCUUCAUAUGUGCCCGUGAAGCCUUUUGAAAAGAACUGUCAAGAUAUUACUGUGGAGGUUGAAGAGUUUGUGCCAGAUGUGGCAAAAUACUGUUAUCCCUUUACUAUUUACAAAAACCACCUGUAUGUAUACCCCUUGCAAUUAAAAUAUGAUAGCCAGAAGACAUUUGCCAAGGCAAGGAACAUUGCCGUCUGUAUGGAAUUCAGGGAUUCAGAUGACAGCGAUGCAAGUGCUCUAAAGUGUAUUUAUGGCAAACCUGCAGGGUCCAUUUUUACAACACAUGUUUAUGCCAUUGUCUCUCAUCACAACCAAAAUCCAGAAUUCUAUGAUGAGAUUAAAAUUGAGCUUCCCAUUCACCUUCAUCAAAAGCAUCAUUUGCUUUUCACUUUCUAUCAUGUUAGUUGUGAAAUUAAUACAAAGGGAACAACAAAAAAACAGGACAUGGUUGAAACUCCAGUUGGGUUUGCCUGGGUACCGUUGCUGAAGGAUGGAAGGAUAAUCACAUUUGAACAGCAGUUGCCUGUUUCGGCCAACCUGCCCCAUGGUUACCUGGGCUUUAAUGAACUGGAGUCAAGAAGGCAACCCUCUGUGGAUAUUAAAUGGGUGGAUGGUGCAAAGCCUUUGUUAAAGAUCAGAAGUCAUUUAGAGUCAACUAUUUACACUCAAGAUUUGCAUUUGCACAAAUUCUUUCAUCACUGCCAGAUGAUUCAGGCAGGCUCUAAAGAAGUUCCAGGGGAACUUAUUAAAUAUUUAAAGUGUUUACAUGCAAUGGAGAUCCAAGUAAUGAUACAGUUUCUACCUGUGAUUCUUAUGCAACUCUUUCGGGUUCUCACAAACAUGACCCAAGACGAUGAAGUUGCUGUCAACUGUACCAUGGUUCUCCUUCAUAUUGUGUCAAAGUGCCAUGAGGAAGGACUGGAUCAUUAUUUACGAUCCUUUAUAAAGUAUGGAUUCCGAGCAGAGAAACCAAACGCUGCCCAGGCUAAGAUGACCCAUGAAAUCCUGGCCAUUGCAAUGACCUCGAUAUUGAAGCUGUCUGCAGAUUUUUUAUCCAUAAACAAACUGCUUAAGUACUCGUGGUUUUUCUUUGAAGCUCUGGCAAAGUCUAUGGCCACAUACUUACUAGAAGAAAACAAAAUUAAGCUUCCCAGAGCUCAGCGGUUUCCUGAGUCAUACCAUCACGUUUUGCAUUCGCUGCUUCUGGCAAUAAUUCCUCAUGUAACUAUUCGCUAUGGUGAGAUCCCAGAUGAGUCGAGAAAUGUCAAUUUCAGUCUGGCCAACUUCCUGAAGCGGUGCUUGACGUUUAUGGACAGAGGAUUUAUCUUCAAUUUAAUCAAUGACUAUGUAUCUGGAUUCAGCCCAAAAGAUCCCAAGGUUCUCUCUGAAUACAAAUUUGAAUUUUUGCAAACAGUUUGCAAUCAUGAACAUUACAUUCCUUUAAAUUUACCCAUGCCAUUUGCAAAACCCAAGCUUCAGAGAGUUCAAGAUUUUUUUUCAUUUGCUGUGGACCGUUUGACUUCUGUAGAUUCAAACCUUGAGUACAGUUUAUCAGAUGAGUACUGCAAAAAUCACUUUUUGGUGGGUUUACUUCUGAGGGAAGCAUCUGUUGCUCUUCAAGACAACUAUGAUAUCAGAUCUACGGCCAUCAGUGUUUUAAAGAAUCUUUUCAUCAAACACGCAUUCGACACACGAUACCAGCAUAAGAAUCAACAGGCCAAAAUAGCUCAGUUGUACCUUCCGUUGGUCGGAGUGCUCUUAGAAAACACCCAGCGACUUGCCGGCCGUGAGACCACGUAUUCUUGCACCGCCGUCUCUAAUUCUGCCUCCAGAGAUGAGUUUGUGUGUGGCUUCACCUCACCCUCAAAUAGAGCGAGUCUUAUUGGCGACAAAGACACAGUUUAUGGAUCCUCGUUUCCAAAUGGACACGGACUGAAGAGAGAAGACUCAAGAGGUUCAAUGAGCACAGAAGGGGCAGCCAGUUCUCCUGAUCAAUGCAGCACGGGUGAAAAUACCCGAAGAAGUUCUACGAGGAGUAGUGUAUCCCAGUACAACAGACUGGACCAGUAUGAGAUUAGAAGCCUCCUGAUGUGCUACCUGUAUAUAGUAAAAAUGAUUUCAGAAGAUACUCUUUUAACUUACUGGAACAAAGUAUCUCCACAGGAGCUCAUAAAUAUUCUGACACUUUUAGAAGUGUGUUUGUUUCACUUCAGAUAUGUGGGGAAGAGAAACAUAGCAAGAAUUCAUGACGCCUGGUUGACCAAACACUUUGGAGUUGACCGGAAAUCACAAACUAUGCCGGCCCUCCGUAGCAGAUCAGGCAUGAUGCAGGCUCGGCUUCAGCAUCUCAGUAGCCUGGAAAGUUCAUUUACCCUUAAUCACAACUCUGGAACAUCAGAAGCAGAUAUUGUACAUCAGGCACUUCUUGAAGGCAAUACUGCUACCGAAGUUUCCCUGACAGUUCUGGACACCAUCUCCUUCUUUACUCAGUGCUUCAAGAACCAGCUCUUGAACAAUGAUGGCCACAACCCUUUAAUGAAAAAGGUUUUUGACAUUCAUCUCGCUUUUCUUAAAAAUGGCCAAUCAGAGGCCUCCCUAAAGCACGUGUUUGCUUCGCUGAGAGCUUUCAUUAGUAAGUUUCCCGCAGCAUUUUUCAAAGGAAGGGUGAACAUGUGUGCCGCAUUUUGCUAUGAGGUUUUGAAAUGCUGCACCUCGAAGCUAAGCUCAACUAGGAAUGAAGCGUCUGCACUUCUGUAUCUUUUGAUGAGGAAUAACUUUGAGUUCACCAAAAGGAAAACAUUUUUGAGAACACACCUGCAGAUAAUAAUUGCUGUGAGCCAGCUAAUAGCAGAUGUGGCUUUGAGUGGAGGAUCAAGAUUUCAGGAGUCAUUGUCAAUCAUUAAUAAUUUUGCAAAUAGUGACAGACCCAUGAAGGCUACUGCUUUUCCCUCAGAAGUCAAAGACUUGACUAAGAGAAUCCGCACCGUUCUCAUGGCCACAGCUCAAAUGAAAGAACAUGAGAGGGAUCCAGAAAUGCUGAUAGACCUCCAGUACAGUCUAGCCAAGUCCUAUGCGAGCACCCCAGAGCUCAGGAAAACUUGGCUCGACAGCAUGGCCAAGAUCCACAUCAAAAAUGGAGAUUUUUCAGAGGCUGCAAUGUGUUAUGUCCAUGUAGCAGCUCUGGUUGCAGAGUUUCUUCACAGAAAAAAAUUGUUCUCGAGUGGAUGCUCAGCCUUCAAGAAAGUCACUCCCAAUAUUGAUGAAGAAGGGGCAAUGAAGGAAGAUGCUGGGAUGAUGGAUGUCCACUACAGUGAGGAAGUUUUAUUGGAGCUUUUGGAACAAUGUGUAGAUGGAUUGUGGAAGGCAGAACGUUACGAAGUAAUUUCUGAGAUUUCCAAAUUGAUCAUCCCCAUUUAUGAAAAACGGCGUGAGUUUGAGAAACUUACCCAAGUUUACAGAACACUUCAUGGAGCUUAUACUAAAGUCCUAGAAGUCAUGCAUACUAGAAAAAGACUUUUGGGCACCUUUUUCAGGGUUGCCUUUUAUGGACAAUCUUUCUUUGAAGAAGAAGAUGGGAAGGAAUAUAUCUACAAGGAGCCGAAACUUACAGGCCUGUCAGAAAUUUCCUUAAGACUUCUUAAACUUUAUGGUGAAAAAUUUGGUGCGGAUAGUGUCAAAAUAAUUCAGGAUUCAGACAAGGUAAAUGUCAAAGAUCUUGAUCCCAAAUAUGCUCACAUCCAAAUCACUUUUGUAAAGCCCUACUUUGAAGACAAAGAACUGUCUGAGAGAAAGACUGAUUUUGAAAAAAAUCAUAAUAUCAACAGAUUUGUCUUUGAGGCCCCUUACACAUUAUCAGGCAAAAAGCACGGAUGUAUAGAAGAACAGUGCAAACGGCGAACCAUCCUAACUACUGCAAACACCUUUCCAUAUGUUAAGAAGAGGAUACCAGUAAAUCAGGAACAACAGAUUCAUUUAAAACCAAUUGAUGUUGCAACUGAUGAAAUCAAAGAUAAAACUGCUGAGCUUCAAAUGCUUUGUUCCUCUCCUGAAGUGGAUAUGAUUCAGCUCCAACUCAAGUUGCAGGGCUGUGUUUCAGUCCAGGUCAAUGCUGGCCCAUUGGCAUAUGCCCGAGCUUUCUUAAAUGACAACCAGUUGAGCAAGUAUCCCUCAAAGAAAGUAAAUGAAUUGAAAGAAAUGUUUCGAAAAUUCAUCCAAGUCUGUAGCAUCGCACUGGAACUUAAUGAACGGCUAAUUAAAGAGGAUCAGAUAGAAUAUCAUGAAGGGCUGAAGUCAAAUUUCAGAGACAUGGUGAAAGAGCUGUCUGACAUUAUCCACGAACAGAUGUUUCAAGAAGAUACAAUGCAGUCUCCCUGGAUGCACGACACAUUGCAUGUCUUUUGUGCCAUCAGUGGGAUUUCCGGUGACGGAGGCUAUGGUUCCCCCAGACAUGCUGCCGAAGUAUGAAAAGAUGCAGAUGUAAAGUUACAGCCAGAUCGACCAUUCUCAGGAAUUUGUGGAGCUGUGCAAAAGAUGUUAAAAUUCCAGUGAAGAUUCCAUAUGAAUUCAGUAUUUCCCUACACACACACACACACACACAAAAACACACACACACCCCUCCAUACCCCCCCUCAAAAUUAUAACGCUUUCAGACAGGGUGCUUGCUUACUUUGUAAAUAUUUGAGCCGUCAGAAAGUGCCUGGAUAAUUGGACCACUGUGCUCGUUUUGUACUUUUUUAGUUAAUGUGUGUAUGUCGAAAAGCGUAGAGCAAAGAAAGAAUUCAUUUGCCUCAUUAUGACUCAAAUUGCAAUGGUACUAUGUAAAGUUGUACAAUGGGUUAUAAUAAAUUGGAAAACUGAUUUAUAAGCAGCAGUUAAAG